AACCACCGAGACUCGGAAAGGACAGCAACAAAUUUUUUCUUAGCUGGCUUCAAAGCGGUUAGCUAAAAGCCAUGGCGUUUGUUGUGAAAGCGUUUUUCAUUUUUGCUUUAGUGUACGGAGCACAGGCUGGACUAUUACAAGAUCAACAUGAUUCAUACGUGUCGUCAGCAUUAGGCGCGUCGUCAGCUUCUUUCGGUCCACCUUCAAACACAUACGGUCCACCACACAUAAAUGGUAUCACAGAAGCUCACGUAAGCGGUCCGACUGUUUUAGAAGAGAGUUUAAUUGAACAGCACUCACACGGCGGACACGCUUUCGAUGCUGGGCACAUUGACGAUCACGCUCACUUCGAGGGUCAUGGUCAUAUUGAUGUCCAUGAGCACCACGACGAUCACGGUCAUAUUGGAAACGGCCCGUUAGGAGGAGGUGCUGUAGAAAGUUUCGGUGCUGCGGAUAUCGCUUCUGGACCGGGACUAUCAGGUCCUGACGCCGGUGGUUUUGGUGCAGGGUUUGAAGGUGGUGCCGGAAUCGAAGGUGGGUUCGGUGGUGUGGAAGGAGGCGCAGAAGGUGGUUUCUUUGCUGGUGCUGGUGGGGCUAUUGGAGGAGGAAUCGGUGCUUCCGGUUCUUUCGGUGAACCUAGAGUAAUCGGAACCAGCGUUUCUGUUGGCCGUCCUGACCCUGGUUCCACUAGGUACGAGCUCCAGUCCGUUGUGCAAAACGUUGUUCGUCGCAUCCCAAUUGAAGUGACCCGUCACAUCAAGGUCGCCUUCCCUCAGCCCGUACCAGUACCAGUGCCACAUAAGGUAAAGGUACCAGUUCCCCAACCCUACCCUGUCCACGUGGACGUAGUCAAGAAGGUUCCCUACCCAGUAUACAAAACGGAGCACGUUGAGGUGGAGAGACCAGUCCCGGUUGAGGUCGUCAAGCACAUCCCUGUAGAGGUCAUCAGGAAGGUGCCUAUCCCUGUGGAAAGGCCUUAUGAAGUCAUCAAAAAGGUGCACGUUCCAGUUGAGAAGCACGUGGAGGUACCCGUACCCGUCUGGAAGCCAUACCCCCUCCACAUCAUUAAGCACGUCACCCACUACAAGAAGAAAAGCUGCUGCUGGUGAACGACAUGUUUUGAGUCGUGAUAUUGCCAAAUAGUCAAUAGUUUUGUAAAUAAAACUGAUAGUCAUUAGCUGUACAUAUACUUAGAGAUACCUUUAA